AGUCAGUCAUUAUUUGUGUGUAAUGUAAUGGCGAUUUGUGAACAGUAGUUUCUUCAGAAUAAUAUCAAAUCAAAUAUAAUAACAAAAGUCAUAAAAAUAUACGUGAUAUAUAAAAACUGAGAUUGCCAAUAUGCGGUCUGUUGUAGAAAUAGGGGCAAGUGUCCCUGCCUUUUUAGGAAAAUUAUGGAAACUGGUUAACGAUACAGAAAACAAUCACUUAAUUUCCUGGAGCCCCGGAGGGAAAACAUUUGUAAUAAAGAACCAAGCUGACUUUGCUAGGGAAUUACUCCCUUUGUAUUACAAACACAACAAUAUGGCUAGUUUCAUCAGACAAUUGAAUAUGUAUGGAUUUCACAAAAUCACAUCUGUUGAAAAUGGUGGACUUCGAUAUGAAAAGGAUGAAAUUGAAUUCUCACAUCCCUGUUUCAUGAGGGGUCAUUCCUACUUAUUAGAACACAUAAAAAGAAAAAUAGCCAAUCCAAAGACAAUAGUCACUAGUGGAGAAAGUGGUGAAAAAAUACUUCUAAAACCCGAAUUAAUGAAUAAAGUGUUGACUGAUGUAAAACAAAUGAAGGGGAAACAAGAGAAUUUGGAUGCUAAGUUUAGUGCCAUGAAACAAGAGAAUGAAGCUUUAUGGAGAGAAGUGGCUAUCCUCAGGCAAAAACACAUCAAGCAGCAGCAGAUAGUAAACAAUCUGAUACAAUUCCUGAUGUCCCUAGUACAACCAGCGAGACCAAGCAAUGCAAAUAGUAAUAAUGUUGGUGUGAAGAGACCCUACCAGCUUAUGAUAAACAGCGCAGCACACAACUCUGCAGCAGAUAGCUCCCACCCAGGACGGAUAAAGAACAUCAAGCUGGAUAAAGACACAUUACUAGAUGAUUUGAAUGAAGAGAAUUUGGAGGAUGGUCCAACAAUUCAUGAGCUGGCACAUGAUGACAUUUUGCAUUCGGAGAUCCCUCAAGAUUCUCUAGACCCUGCCAACUUUGUGACGAUAGAUGUGCCCACCGAUGCUCAAGUCAACAAUGACUACAGCCCGAACACCGCAGGUGUGCAAUAUGAAGUCACUAUGGAAGACGGAGAUGAUUUGGACACAGAUGGUGUCAGAGUCACAUAUCCAGUAGCCAAAGUCAACAACCUAUUACGGCCCCAGGAUGUGCAACCAGUAGUGACAUCUCCAUCUCCCACCAUGGUCAACCCCACAUCACCAUUAGAUCAACCAAUACUAGAUCAGGUUUUCAUUGAUCCAUCAACAUUGGCAACUGCAGAAAAAACAAAAAAGGUGCAAAGGAAUAUUGCUAGGCCUGCAAAGAAAAUGACAUCAGGCAGCAGUUUUAACAACUUGAAUCCUUCUGCCGAUUUGAAAUUACCAGCUGAAAUAUUUGCUGAUGAAGAUUCCGUUGAAAAUGGUAUAGCAGCUGAUGAACUUCUGCAAAGUGCUCUCCAAAAUGCUGCAUUAGAAGGUGGCAUGUCCACUUCCAAAGACAAAAUGUUUGGUGGAAUCAACAUCAAAAUUGAAAAAGCAGAUAAUGCCAAAACAAAGAAGUCAAAGAAAUCAAGCAAGGACAAUAAUACAAACCAGGUGGACUUGGCGGGCAUUAAGACUGAACUGCAGGAUGACUUGGACUGGAAUAACAUGACUCUUGCCACUGUGAACAACAACAGUGACGUUAAUAGGUUUAACUCUGUGAAUAGGAGAGAUAACAUCAGCAAAAAUCUUGAGGAAUAUACUUCUGUCUUUGGAACAAAUUCAAACAAGAAUGACAUUGAUGAUCAUUUGGACUCCAUGCAAACAGACAUUGAGUCACUGAGAGAGUUAUUACGGAACGACAGUUACGCUUUGGACACAAACACGCUUAUGGGGAUUACUGAUGCAAGGCUAGGAUCUACGAUGUCUUUCGCCAUUCCCUCCGGUCAGCUGCCGGCACACGAUUACCUGUUUGGGGCCGAUGAUCCGUUCUACGGUUUGUCUUAUAACCCCGUGGACGAGCGAGCGAGAGCGUCCAACAGUGCGGAAGAAGAGGGCUGGGAUGAAGAUGGCGGAGAGGGGAGUGCAGAAGAGACUGACGCAGAAGAUGCCGUUGACGAGGAGCUGGUCAACGAUGACGUCAGCGACGACAAUGAUGAGGAAGAGGAUAAGAUGAAUGAUGCAGACGAAUCCAAUGUUAGAGACGGCUUUGAAGACAGCGGAGAUGCGGAGGAAAAUCAAAUGGAAUCUGAUCGAUGGGAAGCGGAAAUGGCUGACGGAGUUGAUAUUAAAUCAGAGGAUGCGGAUAGUAUGGAAUCAGAGGCGUUGGGCAGCGUGGGCAGCACGGCGGGCAGCUCGUGGCCGUCGUCGACGCCGGAGCCGUCGCCGUCGCCGACGGCCGACGCCGAGCCCGCCGACGCCGACGCCGACCCGCCUUUCACGCUCGGCGCCACCGAGCACACGCCCUACCAGUGCCAGUUCUGCGACAAGGCCUUCCCCAGGCUGUCGUAUCUUAAGAAACAUGAACAGACCCAUUCGGAUCAAAUGCCGUUCCGUUGCGAGUUCUGCUCGCGGCACUUCAAGCACAAGAGGUCCCGCGACCGGCACGUGAAGCUGCACACCGGUGACCGCAAGUACCGCUGUCCGCACUGCGAGUCCGCCUUCUCCCGGAGCGAUCACCUAAAGAUCCACAUGAAGACGCACGACAUCCAGAAGCCUUUCCAGUGCACCGUGUGCAACCGCGGGUACAACACCGCGGCGGCGUUGACAUCGCAUAUGCAGGGCCACAAGCGUGAUCGUGAAGGCCGGGAGACAGAUCGGCGGCGGGCGCUGCGAUGUCCACGGUGCGGGGACGCCUUCCGCAGGACUGACCUCUUGCAGGCUCACAUGACCAGCGCCCACGGUGUUGACGCAGCGGCGCUCACUCCCCCACGGCGCGUCGCCUCCCAACCGCCACCCACGCUCCUCGCCUGCAUUUACUGCACGCGCGACACCUUCACAAGCAUGGAGCAGUUGCAAUUACAUGUCCGAGCUGCUCAUUCAGCAUUACUAAAUGGCGAGACCCCUUCGGAUCAGAUCGUCGAGCAGCCUGCGCCUACUGAUCUCAGCAGAAGGGCUGAAGAACCACCAGUCAAGCGUAGACGUUCAGAUUCUGCAACGCCUCAACUGGCUUUGUCGCCUGGGACUCUGCUCUGCAAUCAAUGCGACGCAGCCCUCCCCGACUUUGAAGCGUUUCGCGCCCACUUGAAAGGUCACCUUGAAGAGGGUGGAGAGUUGAAUCGAUCCAGCCCAACGCCGUGCCCUCACUGCGGGGCCUCAUUCGCUGAUGCAGCAGCUUCGGAGCGUCAUCUCGCCGCACAUUACCUGGCGGUGUCGUGCGAAUACUCGUGCCACAGCUGCGCGCGCAGUUUUCCAACACCGGACGACUUGCAAAAGCAUCUACUGGAUUUGCACGCUCAUCAUCUUUACCGCUGUUCUCUUUGCAAGGAAAUUUUCGACUCGAAAGUAGCUAUUCAGGUGCACUUUGCCGUGGCGCACAGCGGCGAGAGCAAAGUGUGGGUGUGCCGGUCGUGCGGCGGGUCCCCGCUGCGCUCGGAGGCGGAGGGCGCGGCGCACGUGCGCGCGCGGCACGGCGCGGCGCGCUGCUCGUGCGGCGCCGUGCUGGCCGGCGCGCGUGCGCUGCGUGCCCACGCGCAGCUCCACGCCUACCGCUGCCCCGCGCCCGGCUGUGCUGACUCCUUCGCGGUCCAGUACUUGCUUGAGAGGCAUAUGCAGGCGCACCACGCUAUCACUCAGGGUUUGAAUGGCGAAAGCACUCGACCAAAGCGAGUGGAAAACAACAACUCUGGUGACGGUGCGGACGGCGCCUGUUCGCCAUGCGGGGGCGAGGCUGUUAGCGAUGAGCGGCGGCGCAAGAACGGCGCCGUCGCGCUGCAGUGCGCCUACUGCGGCGAGCGCACGCGCUCCCGCGCCGAGCUCGAGGCGCACACGCGCGCGCACUCGGGCGCCGCCGCCGCCAGGCACAAGUGCCUCAUCUGCGACGAGAUCCUGCCUUCCGCUGCGGUGCUCGCUGAGCACAAACUCACUCACUGCAAAGUGGUAGCGGGUGAUACGUGUGCUCGAUGCCGUGCGCGACUGCCGUCCGAGGAGUCCUUCCUGAGCCAUAUGGCGCGCCACCAUCCCGCUCUGCCCGCGCCCUGCGUCGUGUGUCGCCAGACGCUCGCGUCCGAGGCCGAGGCGCGCCUGCACGCGCGUUUCCACCUGCGCUGUUCUGGCGAUGAACAGCGCUGUGCUAUUUGUCUACGCGCUCUGCCCGAGGGCGAGGCCGGCACCGGAGCGCGCGCCUGCGCCGCGUGCUACGCGCGCCACGCCGCGCCGCGCGCUCCUCCGCCCGCCGACCACGAUUGUCGCCUCUGCCGUCGGGCGCUCGGUUCACCCACGCGGUUGCAAGCCCACCUCAUCGAACACACGUUCGCGGGCAUCGGCGCAUUCACCUGCUACCUUUGCUCCGCCGUAUUCACCAGCGCGGCCGGCCUGCAGCGCCACCUACCCGAGCACGCGUCCGCGCCUCGUCCCUACGACUGUGCGCGCUGCGGUCUCAAGUUCUUCUUCCGCGCAGAGCUCGAUAACCACUCGUUCGUGCACCUCGAGGAGGCGGAAAUAGCGCAACGAGCGUUCUACGAAGCGUACGCGCGCGGCGCGGCGUCGGCUUGGGCCGCUCUGGCCCCGCCGGAGCCGGUGCCGCAGCCCGUCGCCGAGCCGGACGCGGCUGUGAAGCGCGAGCCCGAGAUCAAGGAGGAGAAGACGGACGAGUACAUCGAGGUGGGCUCGCCGCCGCCGCCGCCGCCGCCGCCCUCGUCGCCGCCGGCCGAGCCCGUCGUGAAGCAGGAGAAGCCUGACGAAGACUGAAGGGUCCGUCGACCUAUUUCGUCCGUGACGCGGGCCCAUCCCCGCUGCAAUACUAGAUUACGUCCCGACUAGCUUAUGUUAGAUAGAUAGUUAUGUUAUAGUUAAUAUAAUAAUCGUUGAAAUUUUGCGUUUAGAACGCUGUAUUUUCCAGUAAGUAAAAAAUAGCAUCAUUAUGUUGAUUAAGUGAUGUAACUGAUGUAUGUUUUAUAAUGUUUACAUGACUAUUUGUAAAAAUUGUUAAGUUAAUAAAUUAUCCUGUUAAGCUUCAUUUAUCUAAGCGAA